AUGGGAAUUGAGGAGAUACAGGAGCUUCAGAGGCAGAGGAAGUGGAUGCAGUUCUGCAGACUGAUUGUGGAUUCAGUUGAUGCCGUUUCUACAGACGUGCUUUUGAGUAUUUUUCUUGAAAAUGUAAGCCUGAUUCAUCCAAGGACAUCGUGUGAGGUUUUCCUGGUUCUAGCGGCGAAACUACCGCCGAAGGACGGAGUAGAUCUACUAGCUAAAGGGCAAGAGAUAAUAUCAGAUUGUGUUUUAUACUCUGAGGACUUUGAAGCAGAAAAGACAAUGAUGGAGAUGAGGAAAUGCUUACUUCUGAUUGAAAUGAAUGAGCUCAAGGGCAUAGAAACAAGACUAUUUGAGUGGAGAAGAAUGAAGAUGGGAAAGGAAAUGCAGGCGAUGCACAACUUUGUUGGAUUUAAGCUUUAUCAGGGAAUCGGGAAUAUUGAGGCGUCUUUUUUGCAUUUGCUUAAGUAUAUAAAGCUGACUAAUGCGAGCGAUAUGACGGAUGUUCUUGUAGAGUAUGGAAUGCUGAGCAAGGAGUUUUUUAACUUCACAGCAAUAACAUCGUUGCCAUGCUUUAGCAACAUCAAAAGCAAUGACCUAAAGGAGAUGUUUGUGCUGUUUAGGGAGGGCAACAUUGAUGAGCUUGAAAGGAUGAGCAAGAAGCUUGUGGAGAAGUUUGGGGCGAAUUCUGAGCUGGUAAAAGAAAAGAUGUAUAUGAUAGCGUUGACGAAUCUUUGCUUUGCAGAGAGAGAGAAGAAGAUAUCUAUAAGAAAAAUUGAAGAGGCGCUGAAGAUACCCAGGAAGGUGGUGAUUUACAUAGUUAUGAAAUCGCUUGGGCUGAAGCUGAUCUGUGGAUGGAUUAAUGGAGAGGAAGAUGCUCUUUAUUUUGAUAGUCUAGCGCCAAGAACAUUGCAAGUCAAGGAAAUAAUGGAGAUCCGAGGGAAGUUUAGUAGGUGGAGAGGAAGGAUCCAUGAGGUUAUUUCGAUGUUGAAGUGA